AUGCGCUCCUCCGAGCCGUCGGGGCCGCCUCCUUCCUCCCCUCUUCCUCUCCGUCCACCCGCACAGCUCGGCUCCCUCCGGCUCUGCUCGGCCCGGUUCGGCUCCGAAGGCCCCAGCAGCAUCAACCAGCUGGGGGGGGUCUACACCAACGGCUGCCCUCUCCCCCCAUGCAAGAGGCAGAGCAUCAUCCUGCUGGCAGCACGCGGCGUGCGCAGCACCGACAUCUCCCGCAGCCUCCAGGUGUCCAAUGGUUGCGUCAGCAAAAUCUUGAGCCGUUAUUACCGGACCGGUUCGGUGAGACCUAAAAGUUUGCGGGGUGGCAAAGCUCGUGCUGUUCCCCCCCCCGUGGUGGCACGAAUCGCGCAGCUGAAGCGUGAGCGGCCGUCCCUCUUCGCGUGGGAGAUCAGGCAGCAGCUGCGCCUCGAGGGGCUCUGCGGCAACCAGAGCAGCCCCAGCGUCUCCUCCAUCAAUCGGGUGCUCAGGGCUCUGCAGGGCGCGCUGAGCCCCACUGUGCUGCCGGGGGGGGAGAACGCAGGUAUGUGCACACAUGUGGCUGUGCAUGCACACCUGCAGGCAUCCCCCUCCUCUCCCAUCACAGCUGCAGAACCCCAGCCCCCCCCAGGACCCCCCCCAGGCCGCAGCAGGCAGCGCAGCAGGACGACGCUGUCCCAGCAGCAAUCCAAAGCCCUGGAGGAAGAGUUCCAAAGGGGAAAAUACCCAGACAGCAGCACACGAGGACGAUUGGCUGCGGCCACUCGACUGCCAGACAUCACCAUCCAGGUGUGGUUCUCCAACAGAAGAGCCAAAUGGCGACGUGAAGCCAGGCAGGGGAUGGAGGCCAAUGGUGCAGGUGAGAGCCCCCAGAUCUCGCUCAUGGGAUGCUGGCUGCUGCGGUAA